ACAUCAUCGUGACUAUGGCUUGGAGCUUGUCUUAAAUGUUCCCAAACAAAGCCACUCAUGCAGCGACAGAGCGAAGAACAAAACGGAGAUCGUUCCCGGGGAAAUGGUCCGUGGCAAACGAACGCCUGGUAAGGCCAAUGGCCUUGGAGGUGGAGAGACAAUUAAGUAUUAUUAGGGAACACCGUGCAUACCUAACUUGUUGUUCCAAUGAUCUGGCUCCUAAGCCCUACUUGUCCACGGUCAGUUGGGCGUGCAUAGCUCUCUUUGUAUUUUAGAGAUCUCAAAGUCAAAUGAACGAAGUCUCUAUAAAAGCAUGGAUGGGAUCGAGCGACCAUGAUGCCUAUCUUCCUCUCUCAUCAUACGUCUAUCAAAUACAUCCCGUGUUGUCGCUGGCUUGGAUCCGGUCCAAGCUGAUUUCAUCACUUUCCUGUUCCAGCCUAUCUUCGAGACGUUUCCUAGGGCCAGGUCGGUCGGUGUCCAACAUACUUUUCCCCCUUACCAACUUGCGAAUUGUGCCUCCCAUUCGCACAUCAAGACACGGUCCUCAUCGCGGCUCAUCCCCCUCAACUGACCUUUCAUGUGUACUGUCACAUUGUCAGCAUUCCCGCCCAUCCAUCUCAACUGUACCUCCCAUCGCUGUUAUACCUCAGAAAAUGGGACCAUCCAGAGAGCCUUCUUUGACCAUGGAGUCCAUGGGUCGAGGCGGACAUAACGCCCCCACGUCAUCAACCUCCUCCUCGACCUCGACCGCAGCCGAACCGAUGGGUAUGCAAGGCCGGGGCGGGUAUAACGAUGUGAACGAUAAAGCAGGGACCAACCAGUAGAAUGCUCGCGAGGUUCCCGGCUGCGGAACAGCAUCACCGAAUGGAAGGGAGAAGUCUAGGCU